AAUCCCCCUCUUUCCCAAAUAAGCACCACAAACAAAUAAAAAAGUAAGCAUGAUUGACUACUAAUAAUCCCAUUUAGUGGGAGGAAGCUAGUAGGAACUUUUGCAUUAUAAAUAGCCUAUGCUAGUACCCCUCUUCUAACACAAAGCAUAGAAAAUCAACUUUCUUAUCUUGCUCUCUUUUCUUCUCUUAACAUUCUUCAACUCAUCACAAUGGUUGUUCCUGUGAUUGAUUUUUCCAAGCUUGAUGGUGAAGACAGGGAGGCUACCAUGGCUGAGAUCCACAAUGGAUGUCAACAAUGGGGAUUUUUUCAGUUGGUGAACCAUGGAAUUCCCCUUGAGCUUCUCGAGCGCGUUAAGAAGGUGAGUUCGGAAUGCUACAAGCUUGAAAGAGAAGAAAACUUCAAGAACUCAAAGCCAGUGACAAUGCUGAAUGAGAUCCUUGAAAAGAAUAAUGGAGGGAAAUUGGAAGGGAUGGAUUGGGAAGAUGUUUUUCUUCUUACUGAUGACAAUGAAUGGCCUGUCCAAACUCCUGGAUUCAAGGAGACAAUGGCAGAGUACAGAGCAGAACUUAAAAAACUAGCAGAAAAAAUGAUGGAAAUCAUGGAUGAGAAUCUAGGUCUGCCAAAAGGCUACAUCAAGAAGGCAUUCAACAGCGGAGAAACCGGUGAAGAAAACACCGAGACCGCCUUCUUUGGCACGAAGGUAAGCCACUACCCGCCCUGCCCACACCCUGAGCUCGUGACAGGAUUACGAGCCCACACUGAUGCUGGUGGGGUGAUCCUCCUAUUCCAAGACGACCAAGUGGGCGGCCUACAAAUGCUCAAGGAUGGGGAAUGGCUCGAUGUGCAGCCUGUCCCGAAUGCAAUAGUCAUCAACACAGGGGAUCAGAUCGAGGUCUUAAGCAAUGGGAGGUACAAGAGUGCUUGGCAUCGGGUUUUGCCUAACACGAAUGGGAAUAGACGGUCCAUUGCAUCGUUCUAUAACCCGUCUUUCAAAGCUACUAUUGCACCAGCUCCACAACUCGUCGAGGAGGCCAAGAAAGAGGAGGUUGUUGAGUAUCCGAGGUUCGUUUUUGGGGAUUAUAUGUCUGUUUAUGCUGAACAGAAGUUUCUGCCUAAAGAACCCAGGUUUCAAGCUGUCAAAGCUAUGUAAAUUUCUACAAGGCUACCAUAAGUUCUUUUCCUUUUUGUUUUUAUGAAGAAAAUGUCUUUGUUCUUCUAUUUUCUUUAAAGCAUUUCUACCCUUUUAAUUGGGGGGUUGUGGAUGCAUUGUAGAAUAGCUCAAGCCAAAAAGCCCCCAAAAAUGAAAAAAUAGCUACUGGUUUGUACUGUGUUGGUUCAAUAUGGUGUAGAAGUAACUUCUGGUGUAAAAUUUGUGUCAAGUAAUAAGAUUGCUUAAUACAUACUUUGGUUUAUUUUUGUUUU